GCUUCCAUAUUUAUUUGAACGGAUAAAAUCAGAGAAAACAUGUUCCCCUUAGAGGUGUCCUUUAAAAUUUAGCAAGUUUGCAGUUUUAAUUAACUUCAUUUCAAGCGUCACCAAUUCUUUGUCAAUAACAUUGGAAACAGGUGUUCUACGGCAAACAGUUUCUGUCCAAAUUUGCCUGUAUGUACAUGAUCAAUUUAUCUUUCAUUUUCCCUGUGGAUGUAAUCAUUGCUUUGUAUGUGAAGGUUCUACUUUGUCCGAGCGUAUGCGUAGGGCUAAAAACACAGCAAUCCACUGUGAUAUUGCUCCGCUUCACGUAUUUUUGUUUUCUUUUGGCGUGAUACCUUUUAAAAGCCAGAUGUUGAGAAUAGAACCUUUUCAUUUCCUGUCGCUGGUGGUAAGCUGAUAUGAUGUGUUCUUGAAGAGCAUUGAACAGUUGCAGAGUGAUGCUACAUGUAUGUUGGAACAUGUUAUUGUCUGUACAAGUAAUCCACAAUCCAGCAGAGAUUUGUUGCAUUUCUCCCAUGAUGCAUCUGUUCAAGACACAAUUUCCUAACAAGACAGACAGAUGUGACAGAUGAACUCAGCAAGCUGUAGCUUUGGAAGCAACAUUACGAGACAUUGGUCAAGAUGGCUGGAGAGGCUCACGCUAUCUACUCGUCUUAUACGUAUCUCGUCUUCUUGAAUUUAUACACGUUUGGCAUCGAGCUGUGCUCCUCUGCGUCCUUCAGCUAUCUUCCUCCGUUGCUAUUGGAGAUGGGCUUCUCGGAGACGGUGAUGUGUAUCAUCAUGGCAUUGGGGCCGUUCUUUGCUAUGGUGGUCAUGCCUUGUCUUGGAACAGCUAGUGAUCAGUGUACCAGUAAGUAUGGCCGUCGUAGACCCUUCAUCCUGGUUGUUAUCAUCUGCCUUAGCAUCUCGAUGGUCUUGCUUCCCAAUGGCAUGGAUAUCGGCAUGAAACUGGGUGCGGCCCUCCCAGGACGGUUUACUGGACUGGCCAUCAUCUCAUUCUCCGUCAUUCUCUUGGAUUUUGGAUCGCAAAUUUCACUUCUUCCCCUGGAGUCACUGAUGUCAGAUCAAUGCAAGACUGAAGUGCAGCUGAAUAAGGCAUACUCUGUCUACAACUUUAUGCUUAGUCUUGGCUCCAGCUGUGGCUACUUGGUGCUAUUUAUAGACUGGAAUAAGACAUAUUUAUUUACGCUCCUGGGUGGUAAGGAACACAUGAUCUUUUUCAUUUUGCUUUUUCUCCUAAUCUUGACAGCAUUACCCACACUCCUCUUUGCUUAUGAUCCACCAAUCACUGGCCAGGAAUUGAACCCGGAUGCUUCAACCUCCAUCCCAUCAAGUACAGACUAUCAAGUCAAUACAUACUUCAAGCAGAAUGGCAAAGCUACUGGGUCGGUUCCAGCCAGCCUCGGCAACAACUCAUUACGUCAUGAUCAAAUCCCUCCAGUCGUGCUCUCUCCCAAUCCACCGUCCAUAUCCAUCAACAUGCCUGCCGUCGUUACACUCGGAACUCCAAUUUCCAUAGGCCAAAGGCACGUUAUUCUACAAAUCGCAUAUCAGUUUAUAAAUGUCCCGUUAAGCUUUGUAUGCACAUGUGUUUACUUCAUCAUUCCCAGAUCCUACAAGAUGUAUUUAUCAGACACCGUCCAUAGCUUAAGAACUAUGCCACUGGUACUUCGUCAGCUUUGUGUUGUUAAUCUGUUAACCUGCAUGGCUGUCAUGGGGUUCAAACUGUACUUCGUAGAUUAUGUCGGUGAGGCGCUAUAUCACGGAAAUCCUGACUCGCCUCUAAAUUCACUGCCAAGAAUAUCCUACGAAAAUGGAAUCAGAAUGGCUAGCCUGGGUCUUCUCUUCCAGAGUAUCACGUCUGCCAUGUUUUCUUUUGUCCUCAAUCAUCUUGUCCUCUCCUACGGCAUUAUCUCCACAUUUCUCUUUGGCAUGUUAAGUUUUACCAUCAUGACGGGACUGAUGUUAGUUGUCGAGGAUAUCUCCUUGACGUUGCUGCUUGCGGCUUUUACAGGAUUUGCGUCAGCAGCUAUAAAUGCACUUCCAUGUACUCUGCUGUCGAUUUAUCACCAAAAUCAAGAGAAGUACUACAGUGAUACGGAGAUGAAGGCCACGGAACCCAGGGGUAUUGGUUCAGACAUGGCAUUACUGGAUAGCGCAUAUGUCCUGUCUGAAGUCCUGUCUUCUUUCCUGUUUGGUAUUGCAGUAGAGAUAACGGGAACCACCCUGUCCUAUAUGUUCUGUUGCUGUGUAUGCAGUGUUUUAGGCAGCUAUUAUAUAUUGCAGUUAAAAUGUUGAAGUGACUGGAAAUCUUGCCCUAAUAUUUUAGGAUCUUGGCAUCAAGAAUGGACCCACAAUAAAAUGUUUGGAGGAUAAAGAGGUUUUCUUGGAAGGGAGUGCCAAAAAUUUGAAAGUUUUAUAAAGUAAUUUUUAUGGCCUUUCUUGGGGAUGGGGCUAUUUUUUUACGGGGGUGGGGGCUUUUCCCAUGCUUUGGAAAGAAAGGGAAAGGGGAAAAGAAAGAGAACUUUUUUUUAAUUUUUACAGCUAUUUUGGUUCCAUUUUGUGGGGUCAUGGUCUCUGUUGCCCCUCCCACGCAGAUCCAUCAUUGAUUAAUUAGCAUAUGACCUCAGCAUGAACAUCAGUUUCAGUUUAGCGCCAAGAUGGUUUGUAAAUCCUCGGGAACUAAAUUUAUCCUUACGAUCACUGUGAACAUCUAACAAAAAAGUGCGGUACAAUAACGAUGGAUGCUCAUUAGUGCUGGGAGUUUUUUUUGUUAGAUGUUUGUGACCUCAACUGACCUUUGGGUGAAAAUCAGGUUGAUCAAUUUGGCUGCGUCAGAUUGACUUGGCUGGGGUUGGAAUUAACAGGUGUUUCUACGCAGCCACUGAUGGCAGCUUCUGUAGAGACAUGUGCUACCUCUACAAGUAGCCACAGCCCAGUAAGUCAGACACAGCUAGAUUUUCUUACAUGUGACUCUGAGGUGACCUUUUGAAGUUAAAGAUGGCCCACCAUAUUUGCAUAUGACCUUGACCAUGGAACUUAUUUUGAUGUCUUUUAAAGUAUGAUCUUGGUUGGUCAUUUCUUCUAAUUGUACAACAGACCUUGAGUUAUUUGGCAAACGAACUCUUGGAAAGUACAGGGCUGAGUCUGUCUAUUACCCCUGAUUGUUAGUUUCUAACACGUGUACAACACCAGGUAACAAACAGUGCACGAAUGCAAAUCUGAGUUGGACAAGACAAGUUCAUAUCAGUUGCAAUUUUACAUUGGUCAGACUUGACUUAGUUUUACAAUAAACAAUUGCACAACUACUCACAAAAGUAUUUUGUAUUAGAAAGAAGGUAGGAUUUAUUUUGGAAAAUCUAUUUUUGUGCAGAGUUUUAUCACUUUUGCUUCAAAAUAACUUUAACUUACAACAUUUCUAAUGCAAUGUCCACAAUGUUUGAGAUAUAAUGGGUCAAGGUUGUGGAUGAUUUUGAAAACGAGAAGUGUUUUGAGGAUGAUGAAAAUCACCCAGAUAUUCGUGUUUGCAUUUCUAUAUUGCUGCUAUUUGUAGUGUACUUAAGUUUGUCUCAGAUGUUUAUGCAUACUGUAUAGUCCUACAUGUGGAAGUGGACAUAGGUCUAAAUUUUUAUAGCAUAGAUGUGAUUUUAAUGUAAGAUAUAGCUACAAGUGUGUAACAUACAAGCAAACUUAUCCUUAGCUCAUAUAUUUAAAAGAACUUCAAAGGAGGGUAACAAAUUAUCGGGAUCGUAUUCAUACCUGAGGGAAAUGGGAAAGUGAAACCAAGGUGACAUCACAAAACAUGGCAAAAUUCGCUUGAGUUGAAAUAUCUUCUACUUUUUCAAAUUUGUAAUUUUUAGCAUAUUUAUUAGAAACAAGUCUUGCGGCAUUCAAUGAGGUGUGCUAAGUAACUUAAAUGUUUAUAUAUAUUUUUAAAAUUUGAUGGCUUUGUUUCAGUUCAAGGAAUUUUUUGAUUUAAAUUCAUUCGUCAAAACUAUUCUAGUAUUAUGAAGUGCCAAAGUACUGUCCAAGAAGCUUUUCAUUUUAAGUUAAAGAAAAAAUGGGUUCUAAGUUUUUUUUUAAUGCAUACUGAGAAUUCAUAAUCGUGUAGUGAAUUCUUUUGGAGCUGCAGAUAAGGAAAUGGCUUGUAAUGUGUUUCAUCACAGAUUACAAAUCUCAAUUCUCAAAUUGCAAAUACUCCAGUUCAGUUGUAUUCUAAACACCAAGGCCCAAACUGAAGAUGAGGGAUUUGCGACAAGAACGUUUGUAGCUUAUCUGAAUCAUGCUUUUUAAUUUGCAUUUCAAUAUUUUCAACCUUCACCUUACAGUUAUUCAUUUUUAUUUUAAAGUCCAUUUUUCUUUACGAGCUCCUUCAAGGCUGUUCGCUUUGCAAAAUAUUUAUUUCUGUAGAUUCGUGUGUAUUUAUUUUCUAUUAUCUUGUUGUCAUGCAUGAAUAUUCACCUGUCGAUUUGCCACUAAAAUGUUUGCCUGAGAUUGGUCUUUGUGACACAAAUCAGAA